AUGGUCUUAUAACUAUAAACUCAAUAUAUCAAGUGGAUAAAUCUAUCAUUAUUAAAUAUAACCAAAUAAGUUAUUAAUUAUGGAGAUUAAAAAUUAAAUAAUCAUGAACUUGCAUUUUUUUGUGGAAUUUAGAAUAUGGAUGUAGUUAAAAUUUUAAAUUUUGAACCUGAUUAUUACUUUGACUAUUAUAAUUGUAUUAUGAUAGAAAUCCUUGCAUUCUAAUUUGUGGUGAUAAAAUAAUUGUUGGAGAAGAAUGUGAUGAUGGUAAUAAUGAUCCUUUUGAUGGAUAUUUAAAUUGUAAAUAUUAAUGUGAAGAGCAUUCUGAUAAUUGUAUAAAUAUUACUUUUUAAGCAAAAAUCAAUAUAUAGACAGAGUUCUUAUAAAAUAAAAAUAAGUGAAUAUAAAUUGGCUUACGAUCUAGAUGUUAUUUCAUUAUCUUGUAAAUUUAAAUUUUGUAUAUGCAUAAAAACUCUAUGCUUAUAAUGUAAUAAUGAUACAACAAUUUAUCUGAGAUUUUUUGUGGAGAUUUUAUCAAUUAAGGUAAUGAAUUAUGUGAUGAUGGUAACUUAGAUAACUACGAUGGUUUGUUCUAAUUGUGAAUGAUUUAAUAUAAAAACCUUGACAUAUAAUAGAAUAUCUAAGAAUAUCUUUUUCUGUCUGUCACUAUGAUAAAUGCUUAAAAUGUAAUGAAGGAUUUCUAUUAAUGGUGAUCUUUUUAUUUUAAUAUGUGGGGAUGCUUUAAUUAAUCCAAUAGUAGAAGAAUGUGAUGUUUAAAGUGGAGAUGGAUACAUCAAUUAUAAAAAAUAAAAUGUUUAUGUUUGUGGUAAAUAACACUGUUCAACCGGUAAGAUAUGUGAUAAAGAAUGUGCUUAAUGCUUAAGUUUAGAUCUGAUCAAUUUUAUUUUUAAAUCAUACAUUGAUGGGUAUUACAAUAUAGAAGAUAAAUGCAUAUUAUGUGAUUCAAAUUUUAUUAGAUUCAAAUUGUCAUCGAAUUUAUGUACAUCCUGUUAUAGAUCUGAUUGUGAUCAAUUCCUGGUCUUUUUGCAGAUAAAAAAACUAAGUAUUGUAAUUCCAUUUUUUGUGAUGGAAUUGUAAUUGAACCACAUGGGUAGUGGGAUGAUCAUAAACAAAAUAAUUGAGAUGGGUGUAAUUCUUAAUUUAAUUUAGAAUUUUCAGAUAAUGAAAUUAAUCGAAUGAAGGAUAUCAAUCCUUAACGAAUAAUACUUAUGAUUUGA